AUGCACUCCCUUAUCCCACUGUCUUUAAUCCUCACCGUCCUUGAUUCCGUGGCACAUGCCGUGAAACUACCACUACACGUACGGACAACGAGUCAGCCAAGGUCUCUGGGCCGUCGAGCGAAUACAACGAUACCCGUGUCGAAUUACGGAAAUGCUCAAUAUUAUUCUAAUAUAACUAUUGCCGGUCAAGAAGUUUCUGUAUUAUUGGAUACUGGAAGUUCCGACCUUUGGGUCAACUUUCCCACCAAAACACCCACGACGACGGAUACAGGAAAGUCUCUGACACUGUCGUAUGCCAUAGGAUCUGCUGGAGGCGACAUCCAUACUGCACCCGUAGAAUUUUAUGACUAUUCCAUCACUUCUCAGGCAUUCUUGCUCGUCACCGACACGAGCUCAUUCUCCUCCGACAUCCAUAGCCAAGGGUAUGAUGGCCUGAUGGGUCUCGGCCCUAACGAAGGAAGCCGAAUUCUUGAUAAACUCGACAACGAUUCGGGCAACUCUGUAUUGACCAAUGUCUUCUCUCAAGUGUCUAAUUCUUCCAAAUUCAUUUCCUUCCUCCUUGAUCGCAGUGGCGAUCCCGGGAACAACAUCACCGGUCAAUUGACAAUAUCCGAGUAUGUCGAAGGCUACGAGAGCAUCACCAGUAUGCCGGAGAUUGAUGUCGAGGAAGUACACAAGCUCCUUGAGUCUGAACAACAUUGGCAAGCGUUGACGGACAAGAAUAAUGGCGUCAUUGGUCCCGAUGGCAAAGUCAUACAGAUCGAUUCUAUUGUACCAAAAGCUCCGAAUGGCCAGCUAGUUGCCGUCUUCGAUUCGGGUUUUACGUUCACCCAAGUGCCCCGCGACUUGUCCGAUGCUAUCUACGGCCGAGUCCAAGGUGCCUCAUAUGAUUCUGACAAUGAGUGGUGGACAGUACCUUGCGGUCAAAUGUUAAACAUUUCGUUUAACUUUGGAGGCCAAAAUUACCCGGUUCAUCCACUAGAUACCGUUGACGACAACUUUAACAUCAAGAACGCCAACGGCACUAGAGUUUGCAUCGGUGCUUUCCAACCUAUCACCACUGCCUUCAGUCUUCUCGGAAACUAUGAUAUGAUCAUGGGUAUGAACUUUUUGAGAAAUACAUACACACUCAUGAAUUAUGGAAACUGGGCCGAUGCUAGCAGCAACGCAAAUGAUCCGUUUAUUCAACUUCUCUCCAUCACAAAUGUAGAGGACGCUCGCAGCGACUUCGUCAAAGUCCGGUUAGGAGGAAACGACACCACAGGAGAUUCUAAAUGGGAUCUGCUUUCUACCGCUGACAUGCAGCAUUCACCCGUCUCAGCCGAGGAGAAGAAGAAGAAGUAUCAGGAGAUGAUUCUCAGUCGGUGGCCAUACAUCCUUGCCGGAUGCCUUGUGGCCGUCCUUAUCAUCCUCGGUCUAAUCAUCUGGAGAUGCUGUUGUCGUCGCAAGGGUGCCAAAGCAGCGAAAACUGCUAAAAAAGGGGGUUGGUUCAAAAAGAACAAGACGGCGCCGACGUCCUAUCUUCCAUUGCAGGACCAAGGGAUGAGGAGUACCGCCGAUGUCUCCGUUCCCUAUGACCCACACUCCGGACACUACGGGAAUGCAGGGUACAAGGCAUAUUGA